GACCGCCUAACUCGCAUCAGUUAUAUAGAUAGUAGAGACUACUACAGUCAUACAACAGUUCAGUCCAAUAUAAUUCCAUAUACGAUUUCAAAAGGUUUCAGUUUGAACGUUCGGGUUUAACCGUAAACAUGGAAUAUAAAAAGUUCAGCGAUAGCCGAUCAAGUAUUUUGUGGAUAAUAUCAUUGAUGAUAUCAAUCAUAUCGCUCGUAUUAUGUGGUGGUUUAAUGUACAAAAUCUACAAUUUACAACUACAAAUUGUAGAGCUUGAUUUAAAACAUUUGUAUUUACAAAAGGAUUUCUUAGAAAUAUUGAAGCAAUCCGAUGAAUUUCAAUGGACCACCGGCACGUCAGACGAUUAUCAAUAUGAUUACGAAAACGACUCCGAAUACUCAGAGUUACAAUUUAAACCAAUCGAACAGAACUCGACAGAAAACAAAGAACAAUUAUUAAACAGCGACAAUCAAAGAAUUAAAUUGCGAUUAAAACGUGAGUUAUUAAGAAGAACCUUCGAUGGAGUUCCUGUUAAUUCAGAAUCAUACGAAGAUGCAAAAAAAAAUAAAUCAAGUAAAACUGCUCCAACAUCCCCUGGAACGUACGUUAGGCAAUCAAGAGUGAUGCGUGUUGAAGACAAAUCAAAAGUUUUUAGAAGGUUAAUUAAAAAGCCGAUUUUAAAAUCAGCCGAUUUGGUGCUUGAAGACGAUCAAAAUCGCCAAAUUCGUCGUAAACACCGUCAAAGACGCGUUGAUUCGGGUGAAAGAUAUUCAAAAUUGAAACCUGCGAUCCAUUUAAGUGGGGAUGUCUAUGUGUCAAAUGGUUUGGCGCAUCACGAAGCUGAACAUUACAAGAAUUGGUCGAGAGAGUCUUGGGUUAAAGCGUUAGGUAUGGAUCAAUAUUUUCUCCUUGAAAACGGUUAUUUGAAAAUAUCCGAACCUGGAUUGUAUUUGAUUUAUGCUCAAGUUUUGUAUUUUGACGAACACGACACUAACGGUUUUUACGUUUAUAAAAAUGAUGAGAUUAUUCUUCAAUGUACAACAACAUCGCAUUCGACUCAUCACGUCCGGAAAUCCAAUACUUGUUAUACGGCUGGUAUUAAUCAUUUGAAUGAAGGCGAUCGUCUUCGUGUACACGAUAUCGAAUCUUAUCGAUACUCUAUAUUUAGACCAGGAAAAUCAUUUUUCGGCGCUAUUAAGUUAAGCGAUGUUAGAAAAGUACAUUAAAAUUUAUUCGAAAAUAAUUAUUUUAUUGCUUAUUUAUACGCUUAAACGUUCUUUUAUAAUUUUUUUAACAAACAUGCUUUUUUACCGUUUUCGUUUGCCUUUAAUCAUUGUAUAUAUAUAAAAAUAAAGAUUUUAUUGUCAAA